UUUGCCUUCCUGACGGAGGUUGAGGAGAUUUAGCAAAUACGUGACAGUUGUAUACUGUAGGCACAGUGCAUUGUAGUCUUUUGCGUACUUCUAAGGGUACAAGACUUGGGCACAUCUGCUUUGACUACCGACUCUAAUCUCAGGCAUUGUGCAGUUUUAGCUGACUUAGAGUGGGCAUGCAUAUGGGGAGGAAGUCCGGCGCUCGAAUAUUACCGAUAUCGACACCAUCACCACCAGUGCCACUGGACGAGCGUACCGCGUCUACGACGGUGAAACUCCCGACAGAAUACUCGCCACUACAUAUGCCUAUGAAUCUCACACGCGAUGAGGCGCAGCUCUUCCACCACUUCAUACGGCACCUGGGUCGCUGGCUAGACUGCACCAACGCAGCGCGUAUAUUCACGCUAGUUGUGUCAGAGAAGGCUAGAACAUGUCCUAUCCUCGUGAACGCCGUGCUAUGCUUCGCUGCGCGCCAUCGCAGGGAAGACGUUGUCGCUGAGGCGGCAUACGAGCGCUGCGUCGCGCUGCUUAUCAACCGUCUCAAUGAGAGCCCUGCCAGCUACGAUGAGAUGUUACUGGCGGCUGUGUUGUUGUUGCAUUUUGCUGACCAGCUAAUCACCCCAUCCCGUACGUGUCCGCGCGACAAACACCACCUGAAAGGAACUUCAAGCAUCCUGCGUGCCUCGAUGAGCGCACCCUUUGCUGACCCCUCAGCGACGUCCCUGCGCGACGCCGCCUUCUGGCUUUACGUACGGCAGAGUCUGUACAACGCUACCAUCAACCAGGAGUCUCUCGACAUUGACUUCUCACUACAGCUCUCUCCCACGCCAGAUUGCAUGCGCGACACGCAUUCGCUGGCGUGGUUAAGAAUAGAGACAGCCUGGGCGAAUCAGAUGCUGUGGAUCACUGCUUGUGUGGCUAACUUUUGCUUCUCCGGGUUCAAAGCGCAAUACCCGCAGAGCGAGACCGUGAGGAAGGAGGCGCAGUGGCAGGAGCUGUGGGAUAGGAAUCAGGCCUGGCGGAACAGCAGGCCGCAUGUGUUCGAUCCAAUCGGAAGCGGACCAGCGGACGAUGGGCAUGUGUUUCCGGAUAUCUGGUUUACGGCGGACUGGCACGUACUUUCAUACGUCUUCCACCACUUCUCAUGCAUCCUACUUCUGCGAUACAAACCAGACUCGAGAUUCCCCAUCCGGUGGGUUCCUCACAAGCUCUCCGUCUCAGACUGCAAGAUCCUGCAGCACGCACGCGCUAUAUGCUCGGCGUGCAAGUCGUCGAUGCAGAACGUACAGUUGCUAAUUGUCCUCUGCCAUACGGUUUUCAUAUGGGGUCCUCUGCUGCCAAAUCCCGCAGAGCGGCAGGAGGUGAUCCGGAUGUUGAGAGUCUUUGAAGAGACGCAUUCAUGGCGAACGGAGUGGAUUGUUGAUGCGCUUAGGAUGGAGUGGGGAAUAGCCUCGAAUGGUGGUCCGGAGCGUGAAUGA